AUCGGAAAUUCAUUGACGACGCCUUUUUCUAAAUUCGUCUGUUCCACUCCCUUUAUUAUAAAGCAGCUCGUCCAAGACUUAAGUACAUUUCUUUAGCUACCAGCUAUUGGAGGAUGAUCUAUUGAUCUAUAUAUUUUUCUCCUAGAACCCCCAUUCCUCGCCGAAACGGCUUCGGCCUUUUCAGAUACUCAGUCGGCGGGUAUUGGAAACAGCGAACAUACCAAACAUAUGCCGACAAGUGCGCGAUUUGCGUUGGCGCCUGAUCUGCCCAUAACAUUGGUGGAAUAUUUUGUUUCCGUUCGGUCAACGCCAAAAUCCUGCUCUGGCCAAUGACUUUCGAGGCUCCGGCACCCACUGCCAGGCGCGCAGUCAACCUUUUUCAAAACGACCAUGCCCGCUCUUCGAAAUAUCAUCAUCAACAAACUCGGCACUGCCCCGCCUCACUGCCCCUCUUGCUCCUUCUCCCCUCCUUCUCCCCUCCUUCUCCUCGCACUCUGCCCCUCGUGCCCGCUGAUAACCCCUCAUCCCACUCUUUGCCGCCCAUCCACGUCCAUGACUGGUGGCUGGCCCUUCGCGUCCCGCUAAGGUACUCCAGAUUUCCAGAGGCAAUUGAACAUCUGCACUGUAACAUACAGUCGCGAUGAUGGACGUGGGGCUUCCAGCACCCCACCAAUACUGUCCUUCUGCCCGGGGAUCUGAUGGGAUCCAUUACUACAUUUGGGGGCAAGGUUUAGUCACAAACUGGGCCUGCGAUUUCAAAAGAAACUCUUGUCAGAGGACCAACGGGCCAGAUAUAGCCCGAAGCCCCGGUGGACAUGCCUUGGAUCAACAAAGGUAGGAGUAGCGGGCAGGUGAUCGGAUUGGGCCCGAAUACAUGAUGACGGGUAUGCUGUGCGCUCUACAGCAAUGUAUUCUUCCAUUCUGUGUGAAGAGAUCUGCCAUUGAGUUGCUUUUAGCUUGGUCAAGUGGCGCCUAAACAAUUGCCUCCAUAGGGAAGGCUGCGAAACACCUCGUCACCCGCCGGGGUAUGCGGCGAGAAGCGGCAUGGAAGCUCUCGACGGACACCUCUUUCGAGACGAAGUCUCAUGGUCUAAGGCCCACGGUAACGUCCCACUAACGCUCCGAUUCUGCCUGCGGCACCACCUCGCUGUAUGUUUCUCCGCCAUGAAUUCUUCCGGGGUAAUUGAUUCGUAUAUAUUUCUGUUAUACCCGGUUUACCCUUCCACGUUUCGUGUUUGUCCUUUUCCCAUACUUCUCUACAUAGUAGACCUCAUCUUUUCCAUCUUUGAGCUAUUGAAUACCAUUUACUACUACAACACAUUCCCAGGUAGCAAUACAAGAUGUCGUCCUCCACCCCGAACGCUGCGAAUGGGGGUGCCGCAAAUGGAUCAGGCAAUGGCUCCGCGGCGCCCACAUCGCGACGCCCUCUUCUCCCCGGCAUAUACGCACCAACGCUGACCUUCUUCCACGCUGACACCGAGGAGCUCGAUCUGGCUACUAUCGAGCGCCACACUGUCCGCCUCGCACGUGCGGGUCUCAAGGGACUCGUGACCAUGGGAUCCAACGGCGAAGCUGUCCACCUCACCGGCGCCGAAAAGACGCUGGUAACACAAACCCACCGCAAAGCACUCGACUCCGCCGGCUUUGACCAAAUACCCAUACUUGCUGGCUGCUCUGCCGGUUCCGUCAGGGAGACUAUCACCCUGACCAAGGAAGCCGCGGCCGCAGGUGCCGAAUACACCCUCAUCCUCCCGCCCUCCUACUUCCGUGCUGCCAUGGACACGGCCGCAAUUAAGGCCUACUUCAUUAGCGUUGCAGACGAGUCGCCUCUGCCCAUCAUCAUCUACAACUACCCUGGCGCUGUCUCCGGUAUUGACCUCGACUCAGACGUGCUCAUCGAGCUAGCCCAGCACCCAAACAUCAUCGGCACAAAGUUCACCUGCGCCAACACAGGAAAACUGACUCGCGUGGCUCUUGCCACAGACGCAGCAACACCUGCCAAACCAACCGGAUACAUGGCAUUCGGUGGCAUGUGCGACUUCACAGUCCAGACGCUCGUCUCUGGUGGCAGCGGUGUGAUUGCGGGUGGCGCAAACGUGCUGCCAAAGGUUUGUGUGAAGAUCUGGGAGCUCUGGGAGCAGGGGAAGUUCGAUGAGGCAAUCGCGUUGCAGAAGGUUCUUAGCAAGGGCGAUUGGGUGUUGACGAGGGGAGCUGUGCCAGGAACAAAGGCAGCUCUGGAGACAUACUUUGGUUAUGGAGGUUACCCAAGGCGGCCGCUUGGUAGGGUAAGCAAGGAGGGUGUUUCGGCGCUGGCUGCAGGUGUCAAGGAGGUCAUAGAUGUCGAGAAUAGCUUGUGAGGAAGUGUCUGAGACUUAUGGUGGUGUUUGUGGUGCAUUUAGUUCUGGUGAAGGGCAUAACUCAUUGGGGCGGAUUUCAAUGCCGUCGUAUUGUGGAUAUAAGAAAGAGGCUUAGCACAGUGCUAGAUUACUUUACGUUCUCUAAAUCGUAAAUGCAGAAUAAUACAG